UCAAAGCGUCUUUCCGAAACCUCCCCGCCCAGAGAGGGAGAGAGAUCCCGGGCGCAAUCGCUCCCCUGAGCGGCCGAGGGGCGCGCGGGGAGAGGCCUGCGCCAGGGUACUUUCAAAGUGAGGCGCGCGCACACACUCACACCCACCCAGACACACACACGCACACGCACACACGCGCCCAUUUAUAUAGGCGGUGGCGGUGGCGGCGGCCGGGCGGCGGCGAGCGCAGGAAUGAUGAUGGAGCUGAGCCAGCCGACCCGGGCUGGAAGCAAGUGAGGAGAGCCCAGGAGCACCCCGGGAUCUCUGGGUCCCGCGUUUGUCAUCCCACUCAGGGAAAGGUAUACCCGGAGGAGGGCCAGGUGGAUUAAUUUGCUAGGGGAGGAGGCCAGGUGAGCGGAGGACCCCUGCGUAUCCCGGCUGAUUGAGCCUUUGCCCGACUCCUGGCCCCUGUCCGCCCAGGUGGGCGCGCCCGGUUCUCCGGUCGCGAGCAGCGCUUUGAGGAGACCAGAAAGUCGCCGCCCGGCUGCGCGGGAUGCCUUUCGCCAAGCGGAUCGUGGAGCCGCAGUGGCUGUGCCGGCAGCGGCGCCCGGCGUCCGGCCCGGCGGAGGACGCGAACGGAGGCAGCGCUGAGCCGCCGCCGCCCCUGCAGCCGCCUGUGGCGCCGGGGCCGGAGGAUCCUCCCCGUGCGCCUCCCGGGCCGCCGCCACAGCUGCCCGCGCCCACCGACCAGGCGCAGCCGCCGCCGCACGGAGAGGCGCUCGCGGAGGGCGAGGACAGCGCGGCGGAGGUCGCGGAGGCGGCGGCCGCGGCUGGCGAAGCGUCCUCGGCGGCGGCCGCGGCCGUUCUGCUCAUGCUGGACCUGUGCGCGGUCAGCAACGCCGCGCUGGCCCGCGUCCUCCGGCAGCUUUCGGACGUGGCCCGGCACGCGUGCAGCCUCUUCCAGGAGCUCGAGAACGACAUCCAGCUCACCCACCGCCGCGUCUGGGCGCUGCAGGGCAAGCUCGGCGGCGUGCAGCGCGUCCUCGGCACGCUGGACCCCAAGCAGGAGGCAGUGCCCGUCUCCAACUUGGACAUCGAGAGUAAGCUGAGCGUGUACUACCGCGCCCCGUGGCUGCAGCAGAGAAACAUCUUCCUCCCGGCCACGAGGCCGCCCUGCGUGGAGGAGCUACACCGCCACGCCCGACAGAGCCUGCAGGCCCUGCGCAGAGAACACCGGAGCCGGAGCGACCGCCGGGAGCAGAGAGCUGCUGUCACCCUUUCCACAGUGGCCCCUCCACUGCCAGCCUACCCACCAGCUCACAGCCAGAGGAGGCGUGAAGUUAAGGACCGCCACUUCUUAACGUUUAACAGCACCCGUUCGCCCUCCCCCACUGAGUGUUGCCACAUGGCCCCAUGGAGUAGAAAGUCCCAUCCCCCGGAGGAUGAAGAAACAGAUGUCAUGUUAGGACAGAGGCCAAAAAACCCAGUACACAAUAUCCCCUCAACACUGGACAAGCAGACCAACUGGAGCAAAGCACUACCUCUCCCGACCCCGGAGGAGAAGAUGAAACGAGAUGCCCAAGUGAUUUCUUCUUGUGUUAUUCCCAUCAAUGUCACUGGAGUCGGUUUUGACAGAGAGGCUAGUAUACGCUGCUCUCUUGUUCAUUCACAAUCCGUACUACAGCGGAGGCGAAAACUGAGGAGGAGGAAAACCAUCUCGGGUAUCCCCAGGAGAGUCCAGCAGGAAAUAGAUUCUGAUGAAUCCCCUGUGGCCAGAGAAAGGAAUGUGAUUGUGCACACAAAUCCAGACCCUUCCAACACUGUCAACAGGAGGUCUGGAACCAGGGAUUCAGAGUGCCAAACUGAGGACAUUCUGAUUGCUGCUCCAUCCAGAAGAAGAAUCAGAGCUCAAAGGGGUCAAAGCAUUGCAGCUUCCCUUUCUCAUUCCGCUGGCAAUAUUUCUGCAUUGGCAGACAAAAGCGACACCAUGUUUACUACUGCAGUGAGCAGCCGCACAAGAUCUCGGAGCCUUCCCCGGGAGGGCAAUAGAGGUGGAGAUGCUGAGCCCAAAGUUGGUGCUAAGCCCUCAGCAUAUGAAGAGGGGGAGCCUUGUGUGGAUGACCAAGACAGAACCCCUAAUGAGUGCAGCGAGGUCCCCAGCAGCCCAGGUGCACAGGAACACCAGCCUGCCUUGGGCCUGGCCUGUGCUCAACAUCUUCACAGCCCCCAGCACAAGUUAAAUGAGAGGGGGAGGUCACGUCUGUCCCGAAUGGCAGCCGACUCUGGCAGCUGUGACAUCUCCUCUAACUCAGACACCUUUGGGAGCCCCAUCCACUCCAUCUCCACAGCUGGCGUUCUCCUCAGCAGCCACAUGGACCAGAAAGACGACCACCAGUCUUCCAGUGGCAACUGGAGUGGCAGUAGCUCUACGUGCCCCUCCCAAACCUCAGAGACAAUCCCUCCUGCCGCUUCUCCUCCCCUCACUGGCUCUUCACACUGUGACUCCGAGCUGUCACUAAACACGGCCCCUCAUGCUAAUGAGGAGGCCAGUGCCUUUGUGACAGAGCAGUACAGUGACCCACUGGAUAAACUGAGAGGCCACCGGGCAAACUCCUUUACCUCCACCGUGGCAGACCUGCUGGAUGACCCCAACAACAGCAACACCAGUGACAGUGAGUGGAAUUACCUACACCACCAUCAUGACGCCUCCUGCCGCAAUGAUUUCAGUCCUGAGCACCCCAAGGCAGACAGCCUGGGGUGUGCAAGCUUCACAAGCAUGGCCACUUAUGACAGCUUUCUGGAAAAGUCUCCAUCGGACAAAGCAGACACGAGCUCUCACUUUUCAGUGGACACAGAAGGAUACUAUACCUCCAUGCACUUUGACUGUGGGCUCAAAGGAAGUAAGAGUUAUGUCUGUCACUAUGCAGCCCUGGGCGCAGAGAAUGGCCAGGGUGUUGAGGUUCCUCCUACCCUUCCGGACCAUGCCUGGCAGGACUACUUAGACCAUAGGAGGCAGGGGAGACCAAGCAUCUCUUUCAGGAAACCAAAGGCAAAGCCGACCCCACCUAAACGAAGCUCAUCGUUGAGGAAGUCCGAUGGAAAUGCAGACACUUCUGAGAAGAAAGAACCAAAGACAAGCAGUGGCCAGCUCCUGCCUCAUGGUGCCAGAGAAAUGAAGCUGCCUCUUGAUUUCUCCAAUGCACCUUCUCGAAUGGAAAAUUCUAAUCUUCCCACUAAGCAGGAGCCUUCUUGGAUGGACCAGAGUGAACAUGGAAUUAAGGAACCUCAGUUAGAUGCUCCAGAUAUUCCACCAUUCAAAGAUGAAGGUGCUGAAUCAACUCACUAUGCAGACCUCUGGCUUCUAAAUGACUUGAAAACAAAUGAUCCUUACAGAUCUUUAUCUAAUUCAAGCACUGCUACGGGUACCACAGUUAUUGAAUGCAUCAAAUCUCCAGAGAGCUCUGAAUCCCAAACUUCCCAGUCAGAAUCGAGAGCCACUACCCCAUCCCUUCCUUCUGUUGACAAUGAGUUUAAACUGGCUUCACCAGAAAAGCUGGCUGGCUUGGCAUCUCCAUCAAGUGGCUACUCAAGCCAGUCUGAAACACCAACAUCAUCUUUCCCUACAGCUUUCUUUGCUGGUCCACUGUCUCCUGGAGGUAGCAAAAGAAAACCGAAAGUCCCAGAAAGGAAAUCCUCACUCCAGCAACCCUCUUUAAAAGAUGGAGCUUUAUCACUGAGUAAAGAUCUUGAACUUCCAAUUAUACCUCCUACCCAUGUUGAUCUAAGUGCUCUUCAUAAUGUCUUGAAUAAACCAUUCCACCACCGUCACCCACUGCAUGUUAUUAGUCAUAAUAAGCAGAACACAGUAGGAGAAACACUGAGGUUGAAUCCUGCAUCAUCCCUUGCAAUUACACCGACAGUCCUGAAAUCUGUUAACCUUAGGUCAUUCAGCAAGUCUGAAGAGGUUAAGCAAAAAGAAGGGAACAGUAAGGAUCUGCCCUACUUAGAGGAAAGCACUCUCACAAUGGCUGCCCUGUCCCCAGGUAAGAUUAGGCCACGAGUGGCUAAGAAAUCACUGUCACGUCAGUACUCCACUGAAGACACCAUACUGUCCUUUUUAGAUUCCUCUGCUGUUGAGAUGGGACCAGAUAAACUGCAGUUAGAAAAAUACCGUACUUUUGUUGUGAAGAAUCAUUGUGAUCCAGAAACAGUAAGCUCAGCUGGUAGCAAUCUUCUAGAGUCAAGUGUCACAGAGGACCAAAUAGCUAUGGAGAGCGAGCCUAUUCCAGAAAACACAGCAAGUAAGAAUUGGGACUUUCCCACAGAAGGAUCUCAGAGGGUAUCUGCUGCCCGCCCAAAUGAUUUGAAUGGUAACAUACUUCAGUAUGGAGCUGGCCCAGAGGGAUCCCUCACACAGGCACAGAAGGCAUCCCCUGGGGAUCGGGAGGAAGUGGCACACCCAGAGUCAGUAGAUGGGCUGGCAUCUCAGUCACACUCACCAGCUAGAGCCACAGACAUAAGCAGUCAACCUAAGCAUCAACCAGGAAUGAGCCGCCACUAUGACAAAGUGCCUGGGAACAUCAGCUACGAAGCAGAGAUAUCAGCUGUAAAUUCAUGCCCUGGAAAAUGUUCUGACCAGGAAAAUAUUGCUUCAGGUAUUUCAGCCAAAAGUGCCUCUGAUAACAGCGGAGCAGAGGAGACCCAAGGAAGUAUGGACGAGGUUUCACUGAAAGAAUCGUCACCGAGUGAUGACUCUGUGAUUUCACCACUUAGUGAAGAGUCUCAGACUGAAGGGGAAGGUGUGUUCGUGUCUCCAAACAAACCUCGAACAACUGAGGAUUUAUUUGCAGUCAUUCACAGGUCCAAGAGGAAAGUGCUUGGAAGAAAAGAUUCUGGGGACAUGUCUGCCCGAAGCAAAUCAAGGGCUUCCCUUGGCAGUGGCAGUGCGGGUUCUGUCUCUUCCCCAAACAGCAGCAUCAACACCCCAAACAGCCAGAGGUCUCCCGGCCUCAUCUACCGAAGUGCCAAAAAGUCCAACACAUCGAAUGAAGAGUUUAAGCUGUUACUCCUCAAGAAAGGCAGUCGCUCAGAUUCCAGUUACCGCAUGUCUGCCACUGAGAUCCUGAGGAGUCCCAUCCUGCCCAAACCACCUGGGGAGCUCACCAUUGAGGCUCCCCAGAGCUCCCAUGACACCAAUCAGGGGGCCCCUGGGGCCGAGGUGUUGUCACCACUUUCUCCGUGCUCUCCACGUGUUAAUGCAGAAGGGAUUUCCUCAAAGAACUUUGCCACCUCAGCAUCAGCAAGGGUGGGCCGUUCCCGGGCCCCCCCUGUGGCCAGCAGCAGCCGCUACAGUGUCCGCUGCAGGCUGUACAAUGCACCCAUGCAGGCCAUCUCUGAGGGCGAGACAGAAAACUCUGACGGAAGCCCACAUGACGACCGAUCCUCCCAGAGCUCAACAUAGGUGGCCGUGCCAGGCUGUCAGAGGCCAAAACCCUUAGUCAUUGGAGGAUGGAGGAACAGAACUGAGGGCUUGGGAGAAGUCGGCACAUCAUGGGGUGCCAUGAUGUGAUGGGGUACCAUCACUGUUUGCCAAUGGAUUCCUAAACAUUUGCUGGGGAAACAGGAGGCAGUUUGGCCUUUCUGGAUUCUUUUCCAUGUUUUUAAGUAGCUGCACUGUCUUUCAUAAUUUUCUUUCACUCAGUUUGAUUUACCUAAUCUCAUUCCUUUUGAUAAUAUAAAAUUCAAAAAUGUCUGCUUUUCAUGAAAACUAGCAAAAAUUUUUCUCGGAGCUGCCUAUUCAGAAAACAAAGCCCUCACUGUCAUAAUUCUUAAGAAGAUGAAAUUACUCUGGAGGUUUGGUAUUUUUUUACAGUAUAAUGAACUAAAGCAAAAUUUAGAAGAAAGAACUACACACAUGUAAAUACCAUAUUUUUGAUAAAAAUGUGUAAAUAGAUUUAUCAAUGACAAGUGGACAUGUGGCCAAUUAUCUACCACACACCAACUGUUUAUAGAACACAAAGUAACGUGUAAUAAUUGUAUUCUGUGAAUACCAUUUUCAUAUAAAAUACCGUAUUUAAAUGUCCACCAAUAUGAUUUCUGAGUAAUAAACCUCAAAUACGAAUUUUAAACUAGUGAAAUAAAGGAAAUCUUGAGGUCAUAUAGUGAAAUAUGAUUAAUUUAAAAUAAUGAAUUCAGACCUAUUUUUCUGACAAAUUACAACACCCAACAAGUUAAUAGUAACACAUGGCUAUGAUUUGCCAUGUGGUAUCUUGGACAGAAUGAAAAGCAUGCUUUUGAUUUUUUGUUUAAAUCAAUGAGAGGAAUCAUCAGUCUCAACUCACAGCCCUGAACAACAGCAUUUGACAGUGUCCUUUAGACUCUAAUUUUUUGAAGGAUUGCUUUAAAGAGAAUGAGUAGGGAAAACAGUAGUUAAUUUUAGGUUAUGUUUUAUAUUAGGCUACUGGGGACAUAAGCAGUCAUAAUCUAAUGACUAUAAUCUUUAAACUCAGACAGUUUAGCAAUUAGCUCCAGGUUCUUUAAGGAAAAUAAAACAUAAGCAUGCCACAGAGCUGUUGAUUUAUCAGUAAGUACCUGCAAUGAGUUUUCAGUGAAG